AUGGGUGUUGGUCAAUCUACAGAGGCGGGCGCCGUAUCCUCGCCAGAACAGCUGAGUUAUCUUCUGGCGGAACGGUUCGCGAUGAAAUGCUUCACCCCCCUCGAACUCACCCACUUCAAAGACAACUUCUUCUCCCGCGCAAACGACCAAGGUGGCCUGAGAUACUGGAAUGAGAAGAUCUUGUCCGACUUCCUCGGCGUACCUGAUGGGGACGACUCACCCGGCUCGUCGGCGCAUACCUCUCCUCUAGAUGCAGGGCCCGUGGUGUUUCGCAUGGUUUCCUACCUGGGCGCGUUCCCGUUCCAGACCACCCUGGCGCCUAGUGUCCUCACCUUCGAAGCGAUGGUCAAAGUGGCGGUUCUUCUGACUGAGCGGUAUGGAAAGGUGCUGCGACGGGGCCGGAGAGAUCGGAUUCGGCUGCUUUUCGGGAGUCUGGCAGACGUGGGUAGAAAAGAAUCCACCAGUCAGGCGGGGGAGAGGAAGACGGAUGAUCAACAACCUGAUACGUUUGAAAGGUCGCAUGCUGCCGGGUUUGCCAUCGAUGGUGCAUUGAACGAUGAAGACCCCGACGGCGAUGAUGAUGAUGAUGACGAUGACCUGGCGCUUGCUGCCCUGGAGUCGCUCGAUGCCAUCGAGGUGUUCAAGCAUGACCACCGCAUCGACAAGACGGUUUACGAAGCGCGCAUUUCUCUCGACACGUUUCGUCGUUUGCUAAUGCUGCUCUUAGUCAUUGCUCCGUUGAAAUCACUGGAUGAUGUCUCCAAGUACACCGUUGAUCUGAGUCCAGAGCACAUGGAAGAGAUCACAGCCGACGCGGAAUGCAUCUUGAGGUCGUUCACAGUUGGAGACGGGAAGACUGGCAUUGGCUAUAAGGCCUUUGCGAACAUCAUCUCUUCUUCCCUGCCCUACCUGUUCAAUCCCUUGACCCCACUCUUUGAGCAUCUGCUCUUCAGUAAAAACUUAGAUCUCUCGCAGCGACGAGGCCGGGUGGAUUCGGCCGUUGCGACCUCCCCAGAACCGGCUGAGAUCAAGGUCGUCGAACCUCCUUCUCCGUCGGUGUUAGCCACCGUCAUGCUCCCUGGUAGCUUUGAAUCUACAAUCCUCAACUCGAGCAUCCUGGCGCAUCUAUCAUUCUUCCUGGACUUCGGCCCAUCAGAGCGGAACUUGUUCCUCGGCGGUGUGCGCUUGCAUCCAGUCUUUUCAACCUCCGCGCAUGGUUCCUCCUUGACCAAUUUCUCGCAUCAUGUCGUCACCUGGAAAGCAGCUACUCUUCUCCUGCUAAGAGGAGUACCUGUUGGAGGAUCCUCGUCCGAAUCAGCUACAGCAGACGACACUAUCACGAUAGGAGCGUACCUCCCUCACGCAUGGGAAACAUCAUCCACACAUACUCCCUCGAAAUCCCUUGACAAAUCAGCCCCAUUGCCCUGUCUUUUCCAACUAUCUCCCACCCACAUCCUUCUCCCAGGCAACCCAUCGCCGUCCUCUUCCUCCUCGAAUCUGCAUAUUUCUACCGCCUAUUUCUCCAACCACACGGGGAUAUCCAUCGGCUGUGCCAUCCCCCCAGCCUCGCGCAGCAAGCAUACCCCCCCCACAGCCCAUGGCGCGGGCAGUCUCCUCAUCGACACGAGCCUCGAGUCCGCCGAGUUCCACGUCGCCCCCGUGGGCCACAACGGUGUCUUCCUCCCCCCCGCCACUGCUUCCCCUACCGUCACCAUGGACAGGCCCACAAAAAUCAAACUAGAUAUCUACGACCUUGAGAUCUGGGGUCUCGUUCCCAGCCCAGAAGCCGCUAAAGCCGCAGAUACACCCCUGAGUGCCAUCGACGCCCAGCGUGCAAAUUGGGAUUUCGAAGCCCGUGAGGCCGAGCGCAGACGGAGCGUCAACCUCAAGCUCGGCGGAGGCGGGGACUCGGCCUUGCAGAAUGCAAGAUGGUUAUUGGAGACAGCGGGGUUGGUGGGUGAUAACGCUGGAGGGAGGAGUGGGGGAAGCACUUGA